AUGCCGCCGGCGGUGAUUGGUGGUGCAGGGCGGUGCAAACAGUAUAGUGCAAACGAAAUUCAGUUAGCAACCGACGGUUUUAGCCAUGGGAAUAUGAUUGGAAGUGUAGAGCAUCGAGUGGUUUAUCGAGGGGAUGAAAGGGUUGCCGUGCAUGUAUUAAUAAACACGAGUCGUACGAUUAAGGAAUUUAUGGAAGAUGUGGAGGCCAUUUGGGGAAUUAGACACAACAACUUGGUGAAAUUGAUUGGAAGUUCCAUUGAUAGAAGUAAAAGUACGUUGAUAUACGAAUACGUCGACAAUGGCAACCUGCAUCAAUGGCUUCAUCAAUGUGCGGCAAGAACCAGUCCUUUAACUUGGGACAUUCGAAUGGGCAUUAUACUCGGAAUCACGAAAGGAUUGGCCUACCUACAUGAGGAUAGUGAACCCAAAGUCGUACAUCAACGUUUGAAGUCCAGUAGUAUACUUCUUGACCAUCAGUGGAAUCCUAAGAUAUCAGAUAUCGGUAUCACCAAGCUCCUAGGUCUCGAACAGAAUCUAUUUGUAUCUCGUAACGUUAUUGGAAUGUCGGGUUAUCUUGAUCCAGAAUACGUUUCCACUCACAAUUUUAGUGAGAAGAGUGACGUUUAUAGCUACGGGGUUCUUGUAAUGGAGAUUAUAUCAGGAAGAACCCCUGAUUAUGUUAUGGUCUGA